GAACUAUCUUCUUUUUUAGAAAAAGAAAAACUUUAAAGAUGGAUUCGUUUACAAAGGGACUGAAAUUUUUCAUUGUUGCUUUGAAUUUCAUAUUACUGUUCGGAAGUACUGUAUUGCUGGUAUUUGGAAUCCUGUUUCAUACUGGAGCAAAAUUGGACUUUAUCGAGGCAUUGGAAACCAAGACCAAGGAUAAUAUCCGUGAUUUAAUCACAACGACUGGCAUUGGUGAUGUGGACAACAUUGAUAGAUUUAGUUUUACUCAGCUCCUGGGUGGAUGGAUAGCGCAUUCGAUGAUAGGUGUGGCGCUUUGCAUGAUCGUUCUGUCGUUCAGUGGUUGUUGUGGAGCUUGGUACAAAGUUAGAAUUUUCUUGCUCAUUUAUAUCAUAGUGCAGAGUGUUAUAAUGUUUGUUGAAGUACUUAUUAUAGUGCUUAUGUUUACAGUACCAUUAACUAUUCAAGGUCAAAUUAAAAGAGAGAUGGACUUUACAAUAGCAGGCUUCCAAGGAUUGGCGGGAAACAAUGACAGGACACUAGGAUGGAUGUUUCUUAUGGACUACUAUAAAUGCUGCGGAACUGAGACAUACAAAGAUUUUCAGAACGAAGCAACUGUUUGGGAUAGGACUCCAGGAUCUAUUUCCACCAUCAUCGAUGCUCCUUUAAUAUGCUGUAAGACUAUACCUAUAGGUGGCGCUGAUAACGACGUCGGUUGUGCAAGAGAGGCUUCAAAAGAUAUAUAUACUGAGGGUUGUUUUGAUGUUAUCUGGAACAAAGUGUUAGAGAAAUCAAUGUAUACUUAUGUCGUGAUUGGCAAUGUUUUUCUUCUUCAGAUUCUGUUGCUUCUUUCUUCAAUAAAAUUUUAUAGAGAUGCAAAAGAAAAAAAGAAAGUCAGACCAUUGAAACCUAUACUGAAGAAAACAAAGGAUUACAAUGGAUAUUAAUUCUGUUUCUUGUUGCUUAUUCUAACCAGAGCUGUGUGUUAAAACUGAUGUCUGCUAGGUUUUCUUUACUACAACGGAACAUAUACAUAUAUCCAUUCUCAAUUUUAUAAAUAAUUCUAUUAUGUAAAGACAUAAUGUUUAUAUCAAUACUAUCAUUGUUUCGUUUU